AUGGCAGCGGCGCGAAGCAAUGGUCUGUGCGGAAGCGGUCACGGUGGACAAGGCUCGCGGCUGGAGAGUCUGCACAGGAACGCGCUGCGGAGGAGGGACUGGACAGGACCAGAGGUUGAGGCAGCGAUGUCAAAAGGUUGGAACUGGCGGUGGUGCUCAGCCACCAAAGAGACCGGGGGAGGUGAGAUCCUGCACGCUUGCCCUCUUCGGAAGUGGGGCAGUGUCGAUCGUGCCACACAACAGCUGCAGCCUUCUGCAACAUUAACCCUCACGAACUCUUCAACCUUCCGCCAUGCCCCCGUGGUUCUCGGAAUCCGACCAGGCGCCAUGGUCUCAAUCCGGGCCCACACCAUCGCGUGCUCCCGUAGCUUCCGUCUGCUCGCUGCUGCCCUGGAGAGCGGUCCUUCCGAGCAUCGAAGCCUAAUCGAUCCAACCAGCCUCGAAGAUGAGUACGGCCGAUUCCGGGUCUGGAGUGGCAAUCUGGGCGCCCAGCAGAAAGGCCACAGCUCGCUCGACUAUCGCUUGCGGGACAGCCCUCUGCUGCAUUCCAACGUCCUGAAGCUACUGCACGAGCUCGAAAUUAAUUGCAACGAGGCUCGUGCCGUCGUGUCGGGCGCAAGGCUGCCGUACGAGCAGCAGGCAGCUGGUGCCGACUUCAGCGAUGACAGCGCUUCCGAGGACUCGGACGACGAGAGUAGAGGUAGCGAGGAAGACAGGCCCCGCUUUGAGCUUCAGCAAAGAAUGUUCGAGAUCGUGGACAUCAUCAACAGCCUUUACCGUCUGUCCAUCAGGAUCCGCAACCCCACCAUACGGAUUCGCUCUCUAAAGGCUGCGACCUACAGACAGGUUGACCCGGACACCGGCGUCGACGUCCUCAGCCAGUAUGCUGAAUAUGACAGAAAAUACGUGGCCGACUCUCUUACCCAGCUCCGCGCCGGCUUCCCGCAACGAAAGGACGAGGACGUUGCGUUUCUUGUUGAUCGCCUUAGUAAGGCCAUCACGAAGAGACGACAGCAAUUCAAGUACUGGAAAAAGCAUAGAGACAAGCUUGCCAAUUCGUCUCCAACGAAUGAAGACGUUGCCCCUAUCGACGAAGACCGAGCUCCCAAUCCCCAGCUGGGCACGAAUGGAGUCGAGUCUUCGCUACAUGCCCCAAGCGCCAUCAAAUUCGAUCUUAGAGCACCGCCGAGUGAGGCUCAUCCGCGCACUCUUCUUUCCGGAACCGAAGCGACUGCACAUCAUCGAACAUUGGACGAUGCUGUCGACAGUCAGUCAGUCACUUCAGUUGCUACAACAGCCCGCGAUCUGGGAGGCCACGGCAUUGAUCUUCCCCCUCCACCAAGCUCUGCAGAUGGAGAAAGGGACUUUGAAUGCCCCUACUGUUAUGUCAUUUGUCCCGCGCGAUAUUCCAAAACACGCUCUUGGAAAACCCAUAUUUUGCAGGACCUGCAACCCUACGUGUGCACCUACAAACACUGCUCGUCGGAAGACCAAAUGUUCCGCAGCCGCCGCGAAUGGCUUGACCACGAGGCUUCCGCUCACAGAAAAGUCUGGCGAUGUCCAGGCCAUUCCCACGCUGUCUACUCUUCUCAAGCAGGCAUCAGAAGCCACUUGGAUGAUGCACAUGGCGGCGACCUCUCCGAGAUGCAAAUCAGGCAGCUCAUUGGAGUAGCCGAAGCAUCGACCUGUGAUUCACGCGAUUACUGUCCGAUUUGCUUUGCAGGUGCCGAUGACUUGGGCGUAGCCGGCAACCUGCAUAACCAUAUUGCCAACCAUUUGGAGAGGUUUGCUUCAUUUGCAUUGCCUAGAAUCACUCAAAUGGAAGACGACAAGUCUGCCGCUAGUAUGGACGCGUAUCACGGAAGAGGGAGUUCGUCAGAUGAAACAGAAGCGGCAAGCUCGCAUUGGUCUGCCGAUACCGCUUCUGGCUACGAGGCCGGACAGCCCAGUCCCGACUAUCAAAGAUACAAUCUAGAAACCACAGCAAACGAUGUGGGAGACCACAGAAUAGAUCCUGGCCAGGACGCAGGCCGCUCAGAGCUUUCUGCAAGUGCAGUUCAAUCGGUUCCCGAUGCGACGAAGGACAAUUUAGCGGCCUUCGUGGAGGCAUCACGAGCGUUAACACCCCAGUAUCUCACCGCACAGGGAGAAAAAGAUGUGAUUAAAGACAAGAGCGAGAAAUCCUUCGAGAUACACUCAAUCGACACGUCCAUAGGAGAUGACAAAACGGAAACAUCAAGAAUUAAUACAGGAGAACCAAAAGAACAACAUAAGAUCCGGAUAUCGAAUUUGCCGACAGGAGACGAAGCAAACAGACGACUUUUCGCUUUCUUUGAGACAUUGGGCUGCCAGCGUUUUACACUUGAUCCGCACGUUGAAGACCGGGGAUAUGUCACAUUCGACAGCCAAAGAAAUGCCGAGGAAGCGUUAUUGUCCUUCGACGAGACACGAUUUCCGAAUGUUGAGCUCGAGCUAGAGCAUGGCGACGAAAAUGAAAUGAGUGAACCUACAUCUACACCUGGAGGCGCCGGCGCAGCUUUUGACGUUCAGGGAUUCUUGGAGACAUUGAGCAGGGUCCUUAGAGAACCUCAGCACAGUAAGACGAUUGUCUGGGCCAAAGAUGGCAAGACCUUCCAGAUCUUGGAUGAAGAAGCAUUUUCUCAAGACAUCCUGCCGUCGUUUGGCUUUGAAGAGUUCCCUUCAUUCAAGGACAGUCUGGUAGCCUGCGGGUUCCGUCAGCAAUAUCGUGUGGACACUAGUGGACUGAAACAGUCCAGCACAUGGUUUCAUGAGCAUUUCCAGCGAGACUCACCAGAGGUCGCAAGAAGCGCUCAAUUCUUCACACGACUGCGGGAUCAUGUCUUUGGACGGGCCAAGCUGAGAGGCUCGCUCACAACUCAAAAUAUCAACAACAACACUACCGAAAUGGACGAUGACCUCCGCGGUUCAUCAAAGAACGCAUAUCCGCUCAAGGCCGCCUCCGAUAUCCCAAGUAUUUCACAGCUCUAUGUCAACUCUGAGUUGUUUGUGCCUGAUUGGCUGCAGAACUCUUCGAGAGCUUCUGCAGAUGCGUCAUUGCCGGUACCAAAAGACGAGGUCAAUCGCAAAAUCUCCAUGAUACUACAUGACAUCACCAAGCUUGAUGUUGAUGCCAUCGUUAACGCAACUAGCCGAGGUUUAAAUGUUGGUGCAUCGGAUUCUAUAGGCUUCCGAGUCCACCAGGCAGCGGGACCCGGGCUUCUACAGGAAUGCAGAGCCCUUGGAGGCUGUACGAUGAGCCAAGCAGUGAUGACUAAUGCGUAUAAUCUACCCUGCCGUAAAGUCAUUCACACCGUUCGGCCACAUUACUUCGAAGCCGUCCAGUCCGUCGGUGGCGAGGAUUUGUUGGCUAGCUGCUACUGGAAUUGUCUGAAGCUCGCCGUGGACAGCGGCCUGAAGAGCAUCGCGUUUCCUUGCCUGAGCGCUGGCGGAUUUGGCUUCCCAAAUCGAGAAGCCGCGGAGAUUGCCUUACGAACAACGCGGGCGUUUCUCGACGCUGGCGAAGGCGACAGCUUGCAAAAAAUCAUAUUUUGCGUCUACAAGAAGACCGACAAACUCGUCUACAGAUACAUGAUUCCACGGUUUUUCCCCCCAACCAGAACUUGGCUUGGACAACCCAACGAGAGAGAAGUCCGCGUAGAAAGUCCUGGUUCCUUGCUGAAUGAAUCGCCGGUCCAAGAGCAGGCUGGUGUCUCUGACACCGGGACUGAGACUGCAGAGUCCAGAAAACCGAAGCGGCCCAUCGUUUCACGCCUGAGUUCGUCCACGGAGAGCCUGGGCCGCCUCAUAGGAGGGCCUGCACUAUGGGCGUGCUGUAAAUGCCGAGCCAGACCCAUGGAGACUCCCAAGUGCCUCAUCUGUUAUCAUGAGCCUUGCAACACUUGCGAGGAGGAAAACGCCAAUGGCAGAAAGCCAAACCUAUUCCUCGUCGACCUGCAUCCAUCACCGUCUCUCUUGGAAGAACCCCAGAACAGCGACUUAUCUCCCUUCGAUGACCGCGAACUGAUAAAUUUCGAGAAACAGGCCAGAGCUUCUGUCAGGUCACGCCCCAACAGCCCGACGCAGAACUACAUCCCCACCUACGUUAAGACGCACCGCAAGCAUCUCUCUCUGGACACUUUAUUCUACUACGAUCUCCCGUUCCAAUUCGACAGUGCCGAUCUAGACUUCAUUAUCAUCACGCGGGAGCUCAACAAAGAGCAGACAGAGUUGCUGUUCGAGCACUCCCGCCGACACCGUGGCAACCUACCAUCCCUCAUCCGCACGCGCACGCACCCCGAUCCGCUAGACGCCCAGAAAACGAUCCGCAUCGGCUCCGACCCAUCCUACAACAACCAGCGUCAGCCAGCCGCAGGUAGCAGCGGCGCCCGCCCCAUCUUCCUUCCCGGACCGUUCGUCGCGGCGCAUCACUGCGCCUUCUCCAUUGACCCGCGCACCCGGCGCUGGGUCGUCUCAGUCACGGAAGCCGGGCGCAGAGCCACGCUCAACGGCCGGUGGAUCUUCCCUUUCGAAGUCCCGAAGAUCAACGGGAAGAAGGCACAAGAGUCGGACGACCUGCCAGAGCACAACGACGACGGCGGCUUCUUCGUCCGCAGCGGCGACAUCCUCGGCAUCGGCGACGACGACGACGAUCCCAGACCCGUGCACAUCUUCCGCGUCGAGCUCGAUGGUCUCGGUGACACCGCUGCCGACGGGGGUGGUGAGGACGCGAUGUGGGAGGAGGCCGAGGCGCGUGCCUCGCGGUACGGCUUCCCAACCAUCGGCCUGGUUGACGAAGACGACAACGACAACAACAGCGAACCCGGCGACGACGAUGAUGACGACGACGACACCGACGUCGACUUGGACAUAUCAACCGGCUACCGCAUCGUCGACGCCGCAACGCAAACUCCCGACGAUCAAGCCGCCGGCCGCGGCAUCAUUAGUGCUCGAUGGACGCGCCUCGACCGCCGUCUCGUCAACCCGGCCGCGCUGAACGAGGCGGGGCUACCCUUCGAGAACCGGGUGAGAUACUUGCUGGUUUUUCGCGAGCUGGCGCCGGGCGAGGUGCAGCGACUGGCGGCGCGGACGCGCGAGGAGCGCGCGAUGAAGGCUGCGACGGAGUUCACGCGCAAGGAGCGGCGGCGGAAGGAGAGGAGGGUUAGAGAGCAAAAGAAGGCGGCAAGGGAGAGGAAGAAGGGGGCGCAAGGUAGUUUGUAG